CAUACUGCAGGAUUUCCUGUCGAAAAAGGCAAGGGGUCAUUUGAAGUUUGAAAAAGUCUUAGUGCAGUGUAAACUAUUUCAAAAGAAUGGCAAGUAAACGAUAUAUGGUCUGGGCAGGCUGAAGUAUACAAGCGUGUCUAGAAAUUUUGAAAUCUCAGUAGAGAUCAACACAGCGAACUCUGUUCCCUACCUGAAUCUCUCCCACAGAUUUUGCACUUGUGUGCAAAAUUUUCUUUGCUUUCAGCCACCCGAGAGCAAUCCUAGGUGGUGCUAGGGAAGGCCAUCCGGCUUUGCUCUUCCCCCCUGCCCCGUUCUUCCCCUCCGCCGGCCGGUGGGAGCGGGCGGGCAGGAUGCGCUGUGUCAGGAGAACCCACCUAGAGGGCCCCCUUGACGGCAGCGCAGCCUCCGCCGGGCAGAGCCCUCACCGCAGCCCAGCCCAGCCCGCCGCCGCCGCUGCUGCUGCUGCUGCCGCUGCUGCUCCUACUGCUGCUGCUGCAGAGUAAGUGCCACCCAGUCCGCAAGUGUCCGGAGGUGCUGCCGGGCGAGGACACAAGCAGCCCCCGGGGCAGGCUGGAAAUUCUUGUCAGGCAAAAAGGAGCAAGAGCCUGUUGCCUGCGUGGCUUGAAAAUAGACGCCGUCUUUUUAGCUUGGGCUGAAGAAUCUUCCCGAGGAUAUUUACCAGCGCGUCAGGAGUGAUAACUACUCUCUGGGAGCUGAACUGGGAAAAAAGGACAGCAGAGAAAGAAUGCUUAGGUAACACUGGACUUAAAGCUUUGCUUUCAUUUUGCAACGUACAGAUUGAUGCACGUGGUUUUAUAUACAGUAUAACAUCAAAAUAGAACUAGGUUGUGCAGUGAAAGAGUCGAUAGCUUAGUCAUUUUACAUAAAGGGAGCAGGGCAGCCUUAUUAUGGGGUUAGACAGCAAAAAUGAAUUUGGUUAUGAUAUGAUCGUGUCUCAUGAUGGUAUCUAACUGCAGUCCUGUCCUAUGGAGCGGAAAAAGCAUACUUCCUUCUUCCUUUCUUAGUUGAAGAAAUAAACCCACAGUAUCAAAUUCAGAAAGAAGUUUGCGUUUGUUGUACAUGGCUGUUAAACAUCAUCCUGCUCCCUGGGCUUGUAAGAAAGGAAAACUGCAUUAAAGUGAUCACUGAUGAAUAUGUGUCUAAGAAAGAAGAAAAAGCAAUAUUCAUUUCUGAACAUGGCAAAGCAAUCUGAAGUUACCCAUCUCCCUCUAACCACUGAUCUGGCAUGGAUGACAAGAAACUAUCUUUUGACUAACCUUUUCCAACUGUCCAAAAUGCUGCAUAUGAAGAUGCUUUAAUUCACAGACAAAGCACUUGGAUUUUUAUCAAGUCAAACUGUUGGCGUUGUCAUAACAGUUUCUGUACACUGAUUAGUGUAAUGUUUUUUUAAGUAGCAAGUGAUGAAUAAAUGGAUGGACCUGUACCUAGAAAACCCUGUGAGAAGUCUUUCUUCGGAUACUGGGAAUUUUUAUUUUUGUGGAUUACAGUAAUUCUUGCAAUAAUCCCUGCUGUUAACUGCUCAUGCAGUUGUUCUGGAAUGCAUCUAUGAAUACCAUAACAGAUAAAUCUGCCUGACAAGGAAAACACUAAUGCUGGAAGAUCUGUGAACAUGAUGCAUGUGAAUAAUUUCCCCUUUAGGAGGCAUUCAUGGAUAUGUUUCGAUGUAGACAAUGGUACCUCAUCGGGACGAAGUCCCUUGGAUCCCAUGACGAGCCCUGGAUCAGGGCUGAUUCUUCAGGCAAAUUUUGUCCACAGUCAACGUAGGGAGUCUUUCCUUUACCGGUCAGAUAGUGAUUAUGACCUUUCUCCAAAGUCCAUGUCCAGGAACUCCUCCAUUGCCAGUGAUAUACAUGGAGAUGACUUGAUUGUGACACCAUUUGCUCAGGUGCUGGCCAGCUUGCGUACUGUACGGAAUAACUUUGCUGCAUUAACCAAUUUACAAGAUCGGGCACCCAGCAAACGAUCACCAAUGUGUAACCAACCAUCUAUUAACAAAGCAACUAUAACAGAGGAGGCCUACCAAAAGCUGGCCAGCGAGACCCUGGAGGAACUGGACUGGUGCCUGGACCAGCUGGAGACCCUGCAGACCCGGCACUCCGUCAGCGAAAUGGCCUCGAACAAGUUUAAAAGAAUGCUCAACCGGGAGCUAACCCAUCUAUCUGAAAUGAGCAGGUCAGGCAAUCAGGUCUCAGAAUAUAUAUCAAACACAUUCUUAGAUAAACAACAUGAAGUUGAAAUCCCCUCUCCGACGCAGAAAGAGAAAGAGAAAAAGAAGAGGCCAAUGUCCCAGAUCAGUGGAGUCAAAAAACUGAUGCAUAGCUCCAGCCUGACUAAUUCCAGUAUUCCUAGAUUUGGAGUUAAAACAGACCAAGAAGAUGUUCUUGCCAAGGAACUAGAAGAUGUGAACAAAUGGGGCCUUCAGGUUUUCAGAGUAGCAGAGUUAUCUGGAAACAGACCUUUGACAGUCAUCAUGCACACCAUUUUUCAGGAACGGGACUUGUUGAAAACAUUUAAGAUUCCAGUAGAUACUUUGAUAACUUACUUGAUGACCCUAGAAGACCAUUACCAUGCAGAUGUGGCGUAUCACAAUAACAUCCAUGCUGCAGAUGUCGUUCAGUCAACCCAUGUCCUGCUGUCAACCCCAGCGUUAGAGGCAGUUUUCACUGAUUUGGAGAUUCUUGCGGCAAUUUUUGCCAGUGCAAUACAUGACGUGGAUCACCCUGGGGUAUCAAACCAGUUUCUUAUCAACACAAAUUCUGAACUCGCUUUGAUGUACAAUGACUCAUCAGUACUGGAGAAUCAUCACUUAGCUGUGGGCUUCAAGCUGCUGCAGGAAGAAAAUUGUGACAUUUUCCAGAAUUUGACCAAAAAACAGAGGCAAUCACUGAGGAAAAUGGUCAUUGACAUUGUACUUGCAACAGACAUGUCUAAGCAUAUGAAUCUAUUGGCUGAUCUAAAAACUAUGGUUGAAACCAAAAAAGUGACCAGUUCUGGUGUCCUACUUCUUGAUAACUAUUCAGACAGGAUUCAGGUUCUUCAGAAUAUGGUGCACUGUGCAGAUCUAAGCAAUCCAACCAAGCCACUCCAUCUCUACCGCCAAUGGACGGACAGAAUAAUGGAAGAAUUUUUCCGUCAGGGUGAUCGUGAAAGAGAGAGGGGAAUGGAGAUAAGUCCCAUGUGUGAUAAGCACAAUGCAUCUGUAGAAAAAUCACAGGUGGGUUUUAUAGACUACAUUGUUCAUCCUCUGUGGGAGACAUGGGCAGAUCUUGUUCACCCGGAUGCCCAGGAUAUCUUAGAUACACUGGAGGACAAUCGAGAAUGGUACCAGAGCACAAUCCCUCAAAGUCCCUCUCCUGCACCUGAUGACCAGGAAGAGGGUAGGCAGGGCCAAACUGAAAAAUUCCAGUUUGAACUAACACUGGAGGAAGACGGUGAGUCAGACACCGAAAAGGACAGUGGAAGUCAAGUCGAAGAAGACACCAGCUGCAGUGACUCCAAGACUCUUUGCACCCAGGAUUCAGAAUCCACUGAAAUUCCUCUUGAUGAGCAAGUAGGGGAAGAAGUGGAAGAGGAGGAGAACCAGGCAGAACCUUGUCUGGUGGGAGACCAUUCUCCUGACACAUAACAAUGAAGAUGCAGUCUCUUUCUCUCUUGCCGUCUCUCUCCUUUUCCUCUUUCUGGUUUUUUCUUCGUUUUCGUUUUUGUGUUUUGUUUUUUCUAUUAGGUAAUGGUUUCCAAAGCGUAUGUCAUAUGCUACAACCAUGGUCACAACUCGCUGUCAUCUGCCAGGACGUUUGUUGAUCAAAACUGACCUUGAUGACUCAGUUUGGCACUCAGGAAUAUUGUAACCAGAAUUUUCACCUCCAUGGCACCAGGAAGUAGGGGGGAGAACAUCCAUAAACUACACUUUAAUAAGCUCUCCAUUUGGCAGAUUUGACUAAAUAAAACAAGGAGUACCACCGGUCAACCGAAUGCUGGUAUGCUUUGAUAGUUUUUGAAUGCAUUGUACUUCACAAGCAAAGCGUUGGAUAAUGUUCAUCAUGAGAGGAAACAGACAGAAAAUAAACUGAGGUUCCUACUGGAAAAAAAAUGCACAUAAGUGAUGGGCCACAACAUGAUUCUGUUACCAAUAGGAAGAUGAGCUGUGGAAAUUACAUAAUUUUCUAAUUUCAAGUCUUCCUGAUAUGUGACUGAAAAAAGUGUGACCCAGAGGGUUGCACUAACCUCUGCAUUUUGUAUAAUAUGUAAAAGAGAGAUCUUUUGUAGAGCUUACUUUUAUUAUUAAAUGUACCGAGGUAUUAUAUUUAAAGAAAAACACUUUCAGACUUCAUCUGCCACUGGUUAUUUUUUUCCAAAGAGUAACUUGCAAGUUUUCAGUACAAUUCUGUGCUACACUGGAUAAUACUUUUAGGUUUUUUUCCUUUUCAUCUUUUUUUUUUUUUUUUUUACCUUAGAAUCUCAUCAUAAUAUUGAGCUGUAAAGGUCUAUUAUUUUAUAUAUUAUUGAGUUCCAUGAAUAUCUUUUAUGUUACAUAGAACUCUUUCAGUAUGAUGGCUUUUUUGUUUUUAUCACAACUUUCCCAAAUGUAUCACAGGAACUUAGGCUAUGCUUUUGCCCUCCUAGUGGCCUAAUCCUACCACUUCUGUCUUACUACAAGAAGUGGUCCCAGUGAAACCAAACUGGGACCACAAAGAUUAGGAUUUGCAGGACUAGAGCCCAUUAGAAAGGUAGUGAAUUGUCAUCUUAAUACAAAAGCAGCUCUUCUGCUAUACUAAUAAAAUUCGUCCCUCUGAAACAUAGUUUCCAGACCAUUUUUGGCUGGGAGCUAUAGACUGCUAAAUUAGAACAGGCUAGUACAAUGUAUGGAAUAUUUGUUCUGGCGAAAAAAGCAUUAGUGUAAUAUUUUCAAUUUUGACUCUCUUAAUAACUUUUUAUCUGUGUCAGCUAUCUAGGUAAACCAUUUGCUCAUCUGAGAUGUGUACAACAUAAAAAUAAUGAUUAGCAUUGUUUUUUCAUGUCUUUGUUGCAAGAAGAGCCAGGUCAGUCUUGUCUUUUUAUGUUUUUAAGUAAAUAAGCAAUGCAUCGUGAGAGUUGUAGUUUACUCCACACUAUUUCAAUCUCAGACCUUUUCAUCCUUUAUCCAGCUUGUGCUGAAGGAAUCCUGUUUUUCAGUUUGAUUGGUACUGAAAGCUUCUGUAACUUGGAAAUUUAAAAGGGGGUAGGAGUUCAUAUUUGUAAUUUUCCAGCUGUGUUGUGUGGUCACAUGAAAGAAGAAGGAAUUCUAUUUCCCCUACUUUACUCUUCUUUUUAAAAUUGUAGUUUUGAGUGUAGCAGAUGGGAGGUAGUUGCCUAGGGAAGCUAGCAGACUCCCACUCUGUAAAAUUCUGUUAAAAUGACAGUAUCAAGAUGACUUCUUAACAAAAGGACAUAGCAACAGCCAUUAUUUCCCCUUUGGAUUAAUUUUGUAGUAAAUUUGCAGAUAUGGAUAUAGGUGGUUUUUUUAACUAUCUUGAGAUCUAGAAUAAAAACCUGUUUUAGAAUUAUAGGCUAAUAAUUCAGUUUUUAAAUGCAUUUUGCAUUCUUCUAGAUUCAGCUCAUAGUUUUUUCUACCUUUAGCCCUCACAGGGCCUUAGCACAGAAGAUGCUGAAAGAGGAAAGAGUAUGAAGAGAACUUAUGGUAUUUUCGGUUUUUGACCGGUUUUUUUGUUCUUCAUCACUUCUUCCUGAACCUGAUCCAUCUGAAAAUCCUUUCAUUCCCCAAGAGUGCCUGGAACCUUACUAAUGGAAAAGCAAUAUAAAUUCCAAAAUAACCAGUAGGGACUGAAAAGGGUUUGUAUCUGCACUAACUGAAGGUAAAUGAAGAGAGUAACACCAUAUUGUGAGAUAUACAUCCAUACAUGUGGACAAUCAAAUAAUAGACAUUUCUGUCAUUUCUUAGAGAUGGGGAUAUAACGCAGAGAUGGGGAUAUAAUGCACUGUACAAUCUUUUUUUUUUUCCUCUUUUGCCAAAGUGUGUUUUAGCAUUGCACACUGCUUUAAAACAAUACAAUUUACAAGUGGCUUUAUGUGUUCUGUAUAUUUUUGCCAUAAGAAAAUGCAGUGAGUGGGUUUUGAGCGAGGGGAAAAAAGAAAAUUCACCUUGCUUGUAACAGUACAUUUUAGCUUGCAAGUUACUGUACUCAGUAAUGCUGUAUUUGAAUUCUUAAAUUGUUUUGUGUCAUUAAAAAAUGAUAACGAAAGAAUAUACGUAGAACAAAUAGCAUUCAGGAGUUUAAAAAACUUGAAUGAAAUGGAUUUUACAGAAAGCUUUGGCAGUUCUUUUCAAAUGCAUUAUUUAUUUUAUUUGUGCCAUGCAUUUUUCUCACCAAAUGACCUUACCUGUAAUACAGUCUUGUUUGUCUCUGUUUACAACCAUGUAUUUAUUGUAAUGUACAUACUGUAAUGUUAAUUGUAAAUUAUCAGUUCUUAUUAUAACAUCAUCCUUGUCAGGGUGGUGUUGCUAUAUUUGGAAACUCUUGGUGAGAGAAUGAUUAUUGUGUAUACAUAUUCCUUGUACAUUUUUUUUCUCCUUUAAUAUAUUCAAUGUCACCUUAGAGCUUGUUUAUGGAAGAUUCAAGAAAAGUAUAAAAUACAUAAAGAUAUAUCAAUAAAAAAAAGCUGCAGGUCUUUGGUCCCAGGGCUGUGCCUUAACUUUAAACAAUAUUUUCUUCUGUUUUGCUGCAUUUGAAAGUAAGGUAGCUGUGGGGCUAGGGCUGGGCAUUUCUACCGUAUUUUUAGUUGCUAACUGAUGUGAUGGGAUUUCUCGUAUAAGCUAGUAUGCCUGAUACUACGACGAGCUCUCAUUCGUGACCCUGAUGGAUGUUCAAGAUUUUCCAGACUUCUGGCAAUAUAAUUGUGUUGCCUCUGAUUAUCUUCUUACAGGCUAUCACCGGGGAUUAUUGCACCCAUUUUUUGCUCCCCCCCACCCCGCCAAAAAAAGAAAAUUGAUGCUGUAUUUCAGUACUGAAUUGCACUGAAACAGCUUUGGAAAGCAUUUCUAAAAAGCUUUUGAUUUUAAUGCAUGUUGGGAAAUGGAUAAUCAGAAGUAGAACAGUAUAAGUCAUACUUUUACAAAUGUCUGUAAUAUCCCUUCUUUAUUUAGUAGGACAAAUUACCACUGUCUAAGCAGAGUCCACAAAGUGGGACAAAAGACAGCUUUAGUCUUAGAAAUGCUUUCCAACACCAACAUUAGUGUUAGCAGCAGCCAAAGUUUUAUUUUAUAUAGACGUAUCUAAGGCUUUGUACAGGUGUGUGUAGCAUAAUGCACUAGAUCUACAGGAGAAUGGUAAACCUCGGGAUCUCUGAAUAACACUAGUAUUAGGUUUGCAGGUUGGACUGAGCAUCUCCUGCUGUUUGACUUGUCGCGUUGCUCCAGACUACUCAGAGCUGAUAGCAAUGAAUUUGCCAGAGUGAGGUAAAUACCUCUCCUCCUCCAUUCCAGCGAUGCCCAGCCCUUGUAGCAUGCAACUUCUUUGUGAAAGGAGAGAUUCUUUUUCAAGGAAAAAUAGAGCCUCCUUUUUGACACAAACUGUAGAUUUUAGCAGCCCUGGCCCAAAGGAAAUUGACUGCUUUUGUUUUAAACGGUAUUAAAAGGGACACUAUAAUAACAACAGAAAUCCUGAACAAUUUUUUUGUUAUUGUUUUAAUUUGAUUUUUCCUUUGGGGAUGUCUUGAGAGUGGCAACUUGUGUGAACAUUGCACAUAACUAUUCUUUCACUGGUUUCUUAGCCUCUCUUACAGCCUAUGGGAUAGUACUGUACAUCAAUACCUUCAUAUGAAAUUUUUAUAUGCAACGGAAAUAAAAGCAUGGGUUGAUUCUGCUGAGUUACUGUAUCUGAUUUUCUUUUGCAAGUUAAGUUUUUUUUACAUACAUCCUGUAGUUGUGACAUGUUAAGAGAAAGUAUAUUUCCAGAGUAAUUUGAUUACCAUAUUUUUGUCAUCAUACUGUUUUGCAUAGAUAAUACAAAAUAAA